AUGGAGGUGAUCAUGACUUCUGUCAUAGACAUGUUUCCGUCUGUGAUGCGUCGCUCUGGGCGUCGUGAGGGUUUCCUUCUACUCUUCUGCGUCACAUGCUUCAUCCUGCAGCUCGUCAUGAUCACUGAGGGAGGGAUGUACGUCUUCCAGUUGUUUGAUUAUUACUCCUGUAACGGGACCUGCAUUCUGUUUCUGUGUGUCUUUGAGACAAUAGCUCUUGGAUGGAUCUUUGGUGCUAAGAAAAUGAUUGGGAUUAUUAAGGACAUGACAGGCUCCACACCCAAUCUAUACUUCAAAAUCUGCUGGCUCUUUCUCACUCCAGGAGUGUCACUGGUCUCCUUCAUUUGUUCCCUGGUGGAGUAUCAGCCUCUCACGUUUAACCGCUGGUAUGUGUACCCGCCCUGGGCAUACACAGUGGGCUGGGUGCUGGCCUUCUCCUCCACGGUGCUGGUACCAGGGUGGGCCCUUUUCAAAAUGACCACUCAGUCUGGGACAUUGAAACAAAGGUUCAUCAAUCUGUGCAGGCCGAGUGUAGAGUACUCACCGGCCCCUAAAUAUGACACAGAGCUAGAGGUUACGGAACUGAACCAAAUUGAAGACCGCUGUUAA